UUUUGGGUCAGGAGGCUUUUCUCUGCAAGCGUUUUCAACCAUAUCUGAGCUCAAAACAUUGGCGAGACAUGAUUUUUUCAUGACUCCUACUCGCAUGAUGGAAAAGACUGCAAACAAUGCUGUGCAGAUGCCUGAUGAGAUUAAUGUUCAUAUGGCGUCAAUGGAUUUACUUGGAUUCUUAUCAAACUUGUCAUGGGAUGCAAAGGCAGUAAAUACCAUGGGCUGUUUUGUUUUCAAAUUUCUGGAGUUCUUGGGGUUCUUGCUUCAUGGUACUAACCAACCAAUAGUUGAUUUAGCCUCAUCAAUGGCAACCUUAAAGGAAAAUCGUAUUUCUCUUGUGGGCUCAUCACUUGAGAAAUUUCAAGUACCUCUUGACCAGCUUAACAAUCUCAUCAAGCUCACAUUAGAAGUGAUUGAAUACAUCUCUAAAUUUACAUUGUUGGCCGACACAGAGUACAACAAAGAAGACCUCUUAUCAAUGUGUGCACAUUGGGCAAUUCUAAGUGUGGUAGUUUGCUACGUUCAAAUCACUUUGCUCAUGCACAAAGGGUAAGUUCUUAUUUGUUUCAGUUCCAACUUUC